AUCCGAUCGGAUAUCGUCGGGAAUAGAUCCCCUCCACGAUCCGCUUAUGUUUUGUUUGUUAUAUAAAAAGAGUGCAGUAUCAAAGCUAUACCAGUCGUCAAGGCAUUUGUCUCUACAGCAAAAUGUUCUCCAAAGUCCUGUUGGUUUGCGCCGUAGUGGCUGCUUGCCACGCUGGUCUGAUCCACCACGCUCCCGCCGUCUCCUCCCAGAACAUCUACCGUCAUGACCAGAGCAUUCACCACGAAGCACCGGUACACUACGCAGGCCCUGUGGGCCAUGCCGCCCCAGUUCAGGCUGCCCCCAUUCAUGCUGCUCCUCUGCUCCAGACUGCGCCCAUCCACGUGGCCCAUAUUGCCGCCCCAGCACAUGAGGAUCAUUAUGUAGAUGAAUACGCUCAUCCCAAAUACGGCUACUCCUACUCAGUGGAGGACCCGCACACCGGCGACCACAAGUCCCAGCAUGAAGAACGUGAUGGCGAUGUGGUGAAGGGAGAGUACUCCCUGCUGCAGCCUGAUGGCUCCUUCCGCAAGGUCACCUACACCGCGGAUCACCAUAACGGAUUCAACGCCAUCGUGCACAACACUCCUCCAGUCAUCCAUCAUCAUUAGGAGACACGUUUACCCAAUCUGUGAUAUUAGACUUAUGGUAUUAGUUAUACGUAAUCGACUUUAGGUCGACAAUCUCAUUUCGAAUAUUGUAUAUUUGUAGAUUCUAUAAUACUAUAUCAUACCUCCCCUUCUAAUUUUCUAUUAUUUUUUGGUCCUCUUCUAUCUUCUUAGACUUAUCCUUGGUGUGGUCUUUGUAGUAUGUGAAUGAUUGUUAAUAUAAUGCAUGUUGCAUUACAUUGUAAAUAAAAAUUAAUAUAUUACAUGAGUAAAUA